GAUAAAGUUUGACACAGUCAGCCUUAUAUUUUUUUUUCUUCCGAAAAAUUAGGCUUUCGGAUGGUUUGAGAGGCACUGUGACAGUGGCGGAAAAUCGGAAUUACACUCCGCAUACGCAACUUCAUUUUCAGAAUUCUAAAAUAGAAAUUUCAUUUUACGCCUCUUUCCAUCAUCUUCUUCUUCCCGCUGCGGUCAGAAAGCUCAACUUAGAACGGCAUGCACUUUCUAUAAAACACACUCACAAUCUGAGACGCUCAUUACACAAUUAAUCAAGAUGGAUGGGUUAAAUGCAUUAGAAGAAGAUUGCGUCCCGCCUCGGCUUUUGAUCAUCGAUCAUCACGACAGCUAUACACACAACCUGUUGAUUUGCUUAUUGGAUGGACUAGCGGCAAAGAUUGAAAGAAGAGGACCCUUUCCAGAACGAGCACGAGAGAUUGCCUCAAAGCUACUACUCUCUAGAACGACAAUCUUACCAUUCACUCAUCCGAUUUGGCAAGAUGAAAAACAAGCAAAACAAAAGUUAUUGCCGAACUACGAUGCUUUGAUCUUAAGUCCUGGACCGGGUAGACCGGAUAGCAAAGAUGAUUUUGGCGCUUCUAUGGUCAUCUUGCAAUCUUUCAUGCGCAAUUCCGAUGAAUUGUUGCCGACUUUGGGUAUCUGUUUGGGACAUCAAGGAAUUGCAAUUGCGUGUGGUGGCAGUUUAAAGAGGGCAAAUAAUUUGAGACAUGGGAUGAGCAGUGAAUUGAUUGUGAUUGAUGAUGCUGCAAACAACUCCUGGCCAUCAAUCCUCGGCAACGUCCAGCAAAGUGCAGGUAUGACCACAUACAACAGUCUUGUAGUCGAUGAAGCAUCCUUUCCAGAAGAUUUGAAGGUAACAGCACAUGCUAUGGACGCUCCAGUUGAGGAAGAUGAAGGCAAGACAGAGGAACGUAUAGUGAUGGCAUUGCAACACACCAAGCAUCCUAUUUGGGGUGUUCAAUUCCACCCUGAAUCGAUUGCCAGUCAAGGUGGACACGCCAUCCUCACCGACUUCUUGGACAAUACUCACGCUUACUGGAAGCAACAAUCGGAAAGCAGUCAGACUUCACUGGCUAAUCGUGCUUUGUCCAAGUUGAGAUCAUGGCGGCAAGCAGAGCCAGUGCAAGCGAUCGCCGGAGAUACGUCCACUUCGGCGUCAAGAAGCACUAUGGAUACAACUUUCUCUUUGUCAGAUUCGGCUGAGGAUCCAAUAAGGUAUACCGCCGCCAUGCAACCCCUUGGAAGGUAUGAUCCCACGAUAGCUCCCAGUAUCUUCAAAGAAGUCUUUGGCGGUCAAUCUUCUUCAGUUUGGCUUGACAGCGCUCGCCCAGGCGGUCAUCAUAGCCGGUACUCCUUUAUGUCUGUGCCUUCUUGGUCUAUUCGAUAUGAUGUUGAAAGCAAGACAAUUAUCGCUCAAGGUAACGGAAAGAAAACUGAGCUAUUCCUGGGAGAGCAAGAGCAAUCGGCUAGCUUUUGGACUUGGCUCGAUCAGGCUCAGCAAACUCUACAGAAAAGAUGUGAUACUUCCAAAAUUGGAGACUUACCGUUCAAGACAGGGUUUGUGGGGUACUUUGGCUAUGAGAUGAAGUAUGAGUCACUGCCUCAAAUUGCCUUUCCACCGAAUUUGAAUUCAGAGAACACAAAAUGCGGAUCCUCCUUCCCUUCAUCCUGGUUCGGCUUUUGUGACAAGGCUCUAGUGAUCGAUCAUGAAACCAGCCAAUGGUACACAAUCGGACUUGUGCAGCGCCCCGGACGAAACCCUACACAUCUCAAUGCGGGCUAUCUUUCCGAGCUAAUGGAACGAUUGGACACGCAGGUCGGCAUAUCUCCCUCACAUCUGGAAGAGUGGACAGAAUCUGUACGUGAAAAGCUGAACGGGAUGAAUGCAACAAAACCUUCUGGUGUGGUCACGAAUCGCCUCUUGCCAUCUAUGAGACCAAUCGACACAUCAAGCGAAUACAUGAAUAAGGUAGAACGAGCACGCGAACUCAUCGCUGAAGGUCAAAGCUAUGAGAUUUGUCUCACUACCGAAUUCGAAGGUCAACUGUCCGAAGAAGAUGCAGAAAAUCAUUUUGACUUCUACACAAGCUUGCGAGCGCGUAACCCUGCUCCAUUCUCGGCGUUUUUGCAACUCGAUACGGUUGAUAGCGAUGGCAAGCCGCAAAGCAUCCUAUCUACGAGUCCUGAAAAAUUCUUUGGAAUUGAUGCUGAUGGGCUGGUAGAGAUGAAGCCGAUCAAAGGCACUGCAGCACGGGCAGGGUAUGGCAAGGGCGAGAAAGACAUCCUUCAAAGAGUCCGUAAUGGUGAUCGCGAGAGCAUCCAAUGGUGCAAGGAAGAAGACGAAGAGCGAAUUAAGCGUUUACAUGCAGAUGCAAAAGAACGAGCGGAGAAUCUCAUGAUUGUCGAUCUGAUCAGGAGGGACUUGUUGCAUUCUUGUCGUCCUGAAUCAGUCAAAGUGACAAAAUUGAUGGCUAUUGAAUCGUAUGAAACUGUUCAUCAACUCGUCACAACUGUUCAAGGACGAAAAGUUCCAAUUUCCAGCAAAAGCAGCACUAAUGAUACUGCUCACGAUGGUAUCGGCACUGUUGAAGCGAUCCGACAGUGCUUCCCGCCCGGCAGUAUGACCGGUGCGCCCAAAGUGAGAAGCGUUCAAUUGCUCGAAGAACUCGAGCAUGCACAACCUCAAAGAAAAGCUCGCGGGGUUUAUAGCGGCGCUUUAGGAUGGCUUGGAGUUGAUGGAGCAGUAAACCUCAACGUCGUCAUUCGUACAGUUUGUUUGAAUGGCAACAAAAUAUCUGUUGGAGCAGGAGGUGCGAUUACUUUCCACUCCAAACCUGCAAAAGAAUGGCAAGAAGUUUUAGAUAAAGUUGGAGCGAUUGCACCUGUUGACUUUGGCGGUGCAAAAGAAUAA